CGUCUAUCCUCCCACGCUAUAUUCCCCUCCACCGUUUCUUUGCGCUCCCUCCCACUUUACUCCACCUUUUAUUUGUCUUGACAUCAACUUGGCGGCAUUUGGAAAGCAGAAGGAAAAGCUGAUGGGCUAAUCAACAUGCAGGGAUUGUUUUGUUUAUAACAAAGUGAUAGAGUUUUUCAGUGGGAGGUUCACUCAGAUUCAUCUUGGACGAUGAAACCAUGGUUGACCUGGACUUUUGUAGCAGAACAGGAAUGAAGUAGGAAUGUCACUGCUUUUUAAAAAGCUUCAAGGCACCUCAUUAAAUUGGAUUCAGGCCUGUCACAGAGCUGGAGGAGCUGCCUUAACCGAACUGAGCUACAACACUGAAACGGGCUAAAGGAAGGCAGGAGGAAAUCAUUACCCAGCGUCUCCGUGCUCAAAGGUGAUGGUUUGGCUCGCUAAUCCAAGUUGGCAGAUUCCCGUUUCCUUGCUCGUGCUGUUAUCCCUACAGAUUGAAGGUAACCGUCUUGAUAACAUGCUGCUGAGGAGCACCGGGAAACUCAGCGUUGAAACCAAGAAGGAAUAUGUUGACAGUACCAUGCCCGCGUCACCUCAGAAGGAUCUCUGGUGCCACUGUCACCAUCAUUGUCCUGAAGAGUCAGUUAACAACACCUGCAAAACAGAUGGCUACUGUUUCACAAUAAUGGAAGAGGGUGACUCUGGAGGCUACGUCAUCACAUCUGGGUGCCUGGGCAAAGAGGGUUCUGACUUUCAAUGUCGGGAUACUCCAAAGUCAUCUCAGCGAAGAGCUAUUGAAUGCUGCACUGACCGGGACUUCUGUAACCGAGAUCUCCACCCGACAUUGCCACCCCAGGACAUGAGAGAUUUUGUGGAUGGAAACACCCACCACAUAGCCCUCCUGAUCUCCGUGACUGUUUGUAGCAUCAUCCUGGCUCUCCUCAUCAUCUUCUGCUACUUCAGGUACAAAAGACAAGAGGAGAGACCACGAUACAACAUGGGCAUUGAACAGAAUGAAACCUUCAUCCCACCUGGAGAAUCCCUUAAGGAUCUGAUUGAGCAGUCACAGAGCUCAGGCAGUGGUUCAGGGCUCCCUCUCCUGGUUCAGAGGACGAUUGCUAAGCAGAUUCAGAUGGUGAAGCAGAUCGGGAAGGGGCGCUAUGGUGAAGUCUGGAUGGGAAGAUGGCGCGGUGAGAAGGUUGCGGUUAAAGUCUUCUUUACAAUGGAGGAGGCCAGCUGGUUCAGGGAGACGGAAAUUUAUCAGACCGUGUUAAUGAGACACGAGAACAUCCUUGGCUUCAUUGCUGCUGACAUCAAAGGGACAGGGUCAUGGACUCAGCUGUAUCUGAUCACAGACUACCAUGAGAAUGGAUCUCUUUACGAUUACCUGAAGUCCACAACCCUCGACACGAAAGCCAUGCUAAAGCUGGCAUACUCGACGGUCAGUGGACUCUGCCACUUGCACACGGAGAUCUUUGGAACGCAGGGAAAGCCAGCCAUCGCCCAUCGCGACUUGAAAAGCAAGAACAUAUUGGUGAAAAAGAACGGGAUGUGCUGUAUUGCCGAUCUGGGCCUAGCUGUUAAAUUCAUCAGUGACACCAAUGAAGUUGACAUACCCCUGAACACCAGGGUAGGCACAAAACGUUACAUGGCACCAGAAGUGUUGGACGAAAGUCUCAAUCGCAACCAUUUCCAAUCAUACAUCAUGGCAGAUAUGUACAGCUUUGGUCUGAUCCUCUGGGAAAUAGCUCGCCGUUGUGUUUCUGUAGGCAUUGUUGAAGAGUACCAGCUCCCUUACCAUGAUCUAGUGCCCAGUGACCCAUCCUUUGAAGAUAUGAGGGAGGUGGUGUGUAUCAAGCGGCUGAGACCAUCCUUCCCCAAUCGAUGGACCAGUGACGAGUGUUUGAGACAAAUGGGAAAAGUCAUGACAGAGUGCUGGGCCCACAAUCCAGCUUCUCGGCUAACAGCUCUCCGAGUGAAGAAAACCUUGGCUAAAAUGUCAGAAUCUCAAGAUAUUAAACUCUGAUGCAACGCCAAAUCUCCACUCGGUGUUCGAGACCCUCACAUAGCACCGGACCCGUAGCGGAUGGGAGAGUGACAGCCUUUUGACCCUUUCUAAACUAUCUUUUCUGUUUAAGUCAUUUCAACCCCUUGAUCGUUGGUGCAGCAAUGGCUGAUUAACGAGGGAGAAGUGAACUGUCACAGCCACCAGAGAUGGCAAAAGGAGCAUCCACUGGGUAUUUCCUGCUUACAUAGUGUUAAAAACAAACAGGUAUUCAAGAGAUUAACACAAAGGGAGGUUGCAUGCUCGCUUUCUGUGAAAGCUGUUCACUUGGUUAAUUUGUUUUUUUUUGAGAAGUGUUAUGCAAUAAGAGACUCAAAAAGCCAACUCCAACCUGACUCCAAUUGUACAUAAACUGACGCCGUUAACACUGAGUGGAGCUGCUGUAAGGUUUAACUGAGCUGAGUUUCUGAUGACCAUAGGGACGGAAGUUGUUGCCUGGAGUCCACUGAGAGCAAACGUCCUCAUCACGAGAGAAUGUGUUCCGCCGCUGUCUGCCCUGUCAUGGACACCCAUGAGAACGUUUCAUUGAGUAUGCGUGUGGAUAUUCCUUUGACCGAAGAGAAGUGGAUGGGAAGGGGCCUUGUGACAGGAAUGUGACAUUUAUUGACAAGCACUGACAGGAACUCAGACAAUGUGAGACAUGGAUUGUAAUGUCUUCACCUUCCAUUCAAAACCGUCUCCAGAUAAUUGGAUUCUAUCUGGCCAGGUUAGCUCAUCUGGAACUGUGUGCAAAUAUCUUUGUCUUGAAUCUCUUGUCACUCCAUCAUGCUUUCUGACUUUCCUUUGUAUCUCCUUCAAGAGCCCUACUGCUCUUACAGAAACGUUUUCGGUGGUCAGAGGAUUGAAAGGGAAUUUGUUAAGCUAUGAGAGGAAUAACCUCCUGGUCCAGAGUUCAUAGUGUUGGAGCAGCACUCUGGGAAUUCAUGGUGGACCAUCAUUGGUGGUAAAUUCAUAGGUUCAGAGAACAGGUGUCCCUGGCAGUCAGACCCUGGCAAUGAAUGUAACGUUAGCAACCAGGUUACUCAGCUGGGAAACCACUCAACCCCCAAACAGAGAAAGGAGAGAGGAGGGAGACAGGUUCUAAAUCCCAAAAGGUGCUCGCCCAAGUCGCUGAGAUUCUCCCCUGUUUUAUAUGCCACUAGUGGGCACUCAUGACAGUGGGUACAUGUCAGAUUAGAGACUUGGACAACCAUGUGGGGACUUAUGGUUACAAUGUUGGGAAGAAUUCCAAUAUUUUCCCACUACGCUUCCCCUUUUGUAAAGGUGCUGCAGUGAGUUUAGUAGUUUACUGCCAUUUCUUCAGGACAUGCUACUCUGAAGUUAUUUGGGAGCCUCACAUUUCACAUGUUGCCUGGUUGCAUUCCAUCCCAUUGGUUUCCAAAUGAAUCCCAGAGACAGGGGAACUUUUGACAAUAACCCUCGUCGUAAGGAUGGGCCCCAGUGGAUCCAGUGCCCCAAUGUUCAGCAUUCCUAUCAUAUUUCUGCCUCAAAACUUCCAGCUAUAUUCUCUAUAAAUGAAGAUGAUGAUUGAACAGAACCGAUGAUUACUUACAGUGUGGAAACAGGUCCUUUGGGCGAGUAAGUCCACACCAACCCUGCGAAGAGCAACCCACCCA